CAAAGAUCAUAGCCGUUGUGAUCAUCUCAAUGGUUUCUGGGGCCGCCACGGGUGCUGAUCCUCAAUCUCCCUACUGCGACAUCAUCCUCGACCACUUGAACCCUUGCCUUCCCUAUAUACUUCAAGGUGAGGUGAAGCCAGCCAAGGUUUGCUGUGAUGGUGUCCUGGGCCUCACACAGUAUACAAACGCCAAGGGAGGCCAACAAAAUAUAUGCGACUGCGUCAAGGCUGCAGCAAUUUUGAUGGGGGCACCUGUUGAUAAUUUCUCUAAGAUUUCUUCUCUUCCCAAAACUUGUGGCCUAUCGGUCACACUUCCACCCAUCUCUAGCGGCACUGAUUGUUCCCAGGUUAAGUGAAGAUUUGAUGGAAGGGGUAAUGCUUCAACAGACAAUGGAAUAAAUGAAUAAUUUGUCUAAUGAAAGGUUAUGAGAAUAUGAAGCAAUAUAUGUGGAAUAAUAUUACCUGUUUUAAACUUGUGGAGUGGUUUGGAAUUCUUACUCUGGUAUUUGAACUCACCAGUUCCAUUAUCAUG